AUGCUCCUGGAAUUGCAGCUGGUUGGGGAGGACGACUUCCCGGAGUUAGUCACCGCUCUAUGGGAAGCCUACGAGGAACCUCACCAGAAGUUCUUCCGCAUAUUCUGUCCUAUUUUCAACAACGACAGGGAAAAGAGUCUUGCGGAUAGCAUCAAGUUCUUCCAGGAGGAGUAUAGGAACGAAUUUCCCGUCGCUCAGUGGGUGAAGGUUGUUGAUGCGGAUGCGAACAACAAAAUUGCCGGCGCUGCACUAUGGAAAAUCCACCAGAAAAACCCGUACGAGACGUAUGAUGAAGGAAAAGUCGUGGCAGACUGGUAUCCAGAGGGCUCUAUGGAAAGGAUUAUUGCAAAUAAAUACCUCCGAGAUACGACUGCCCCUCGCGCGAAGAAAGCGAGGAGACCCCAUGUCUGUAAGUACCAGGUUGUCUUAUAUUCUCCGGGUGACAAGGCUAACUGUUUACUAUCAGUCCUGAAUAUUGCAUUUACGAUACCAUCAUAUCGUAAACGCGGCGUGAGCUCUUUGUUCCUCAAAUGGGGUUUGGAUAAGGCCGAAGAGUUGAAUUUUGAAUGCUGGCUGGAUGCGACUCCUUAUGGACGUCCGGUCUACGAGCGUCGGGGCUUCAUCGUAACGGAUGCCUGGAGCGUAGACUGUCCUAUGCCUGAGGGUCUUUCGGAAGAAAAGCAGAAGGAAUUCCAGGAAGCUCGAGAGCGGCUGUUGCCAGUAGACAACGCUUGCAUGUGGCGACCAAGGGGUGGCGUGUACAUCGAAGGGGUUACCAAGAAGCCAUGGGAAACGAAUUAG